UUUACUCUCUCUCUCUCUGUUUUACGCGGAUCACCGUCACUCCUCUCUGGUUCUUAUUAUUCCCCAAUUUUCAUUGCUUUCCCAUCUUCGAUUCUGAGCUGCAAAAAAGGCCCUGUCUCACUGAUUGUUUCUUCUCUCCCUCUCUUCAACUCUUUCCAGAUUCGAACUCAUAAACCAAAAACAAGAAGAAGACGAAUUGAGGAAGAUAUCGAUUCAAAGUUGCUAACUUGUUGAUACUAGACGCUACAAGUUGAGAUUUUGAUUGCUGGGUCUGUGACCCAAUUGAGUGAAUUCAACGGAGUUGAUUGGUAUGUUGAGAGUGAGAGGCCUUUUGGCCUAAUUUCGUUUUGUACUUAUUUUUGGGUUGAGUAUUGGAAAUGGGUCGAUUUGAAUUGUUGAUUUGGUGGUGAAAUUGGGGGAGGGAGUCGUCGAAAAAGAUGCGGCGGCGGGCGGCCGAUUUUCGGCGCCCGGUUCGGAGGCGGUUUCCGAAUUGGAUCUGGGUGCUUCUUGGGCUGUUAUCCAUUGCAGGACUGUUCUUGUUCGUGCUUCACCAUAACCAGAAUGAAGAUCGGGUCCAACAGCCGGCAUUGGAGAAGAACACAAGAAUGGAACAGGUUGCCCGUGAAGAUUUAAAUUUUACUCAGGAAAUAUUAAGCGCUACCUCAUUUUCCCGGCAGUUGGCAGAGCAAGUAACACUUGCCAAAGCAUAUGUCAUUAUUGCCAAAGAGCAUAACAACCUCCACCUUGCUUGGCAGCUUAGCUCAAAGAUCAGAAGCUGCCAGCUCUUGCUUUCAAAAGCUGCCAUGAGGGGUGAGCCUAUAACAUUAGAGGAAGCAGAAUCAAUAAUUAAAAGCCUAUCAUCUCUAAUAUUUAAGGCACAAGACGCCCAUUAUGACGUUGCAACCACAAUAAUGACAAUGAAGUCUCACAUUCAAGCCCUUGAAGAACGAGCGAACGCAGCAACUGUUCAAAGCACUUUGUUUGGCCAAUUAGCAGCUGAAGCGUUACCCAAAAGCCUCCAUUGCUUGAAUGUUAAGGUCACAGCUGAUUGGCUUGUGAAGCCUCAUCUUCAGGAACUUGCAAAUGAAAAGAGAAAUUCUCCGCGGCUUGUGGAUAACAAUCUUUACCAUUUCUGCAUACUUUCCGAUAAUGUGCUGGCCACUUCAGUGGUUGUCAAUUCUACUGUCUCCAAUGCCGAACAUCCAAAACAACUCGCCUUCCACAUCGUCACAAAUGGAAUCAGCUACGGCGCAAUGCAGGCUUGGUUCCUCAGUAAUGAUUUUAAAGGGUCCACGAUAGAAGUGCAGAAUAUUGAGGAACUCUCAUGGUUGAAUGCUUCUUAUGCUCCUAUUGUCAAACAGCUUCUCAAUCCAGAUUCACGGGCCUACUACAUUGGGGGGUUUCAAGAAUCGAACACUGAGAUGAAAUUGCAAAACCCCAAGUAUCUGUCUUUGCUGAAUCACUUGAGGUUCUACAUUCCACAGAUCUAUCCACAGCUGGAGAAGGUGGUUUUCCUUGAUGAUGACGUCGUUGUCCAGAAGGAUCUAACCCCACUUUUCUCAUUGGAUCUGCAUGGAAAUGUUAAUGGAGCAGUAGAAACUUGUCUUGAAGCCUUUCACCGGUACUACAAGUAUCUCAACUUCUCGAAUUCAGUCAUCAGCUCCAAAAUUGAUUCCCAAGCAUGUGGAUGGGCAUUUGGCAUGAAUGUAUUUGAUUUGAUCGCUUGGAGAAAAGCGAAUGUAACUGCUCGGUAUCAUUACUGGCAGGAGCAGAAUGCUGAUGGGACGCUUUGGAAGCUGGGGACACUUCCUCCUGGUCUUCUUACCUUUUAUGGUCUGACAGAACCACUUGACCGGAGAUGGCAUGUGUUGGGAUUGGGUUAUGAUCUGAACAUUGACGAUCGUUUGAUUGAGAGUGCGGCUGUCAUUCACUUCAACGGGAACAUGAAGCCAUGGCUCAGGUUGGCCAUCGGCAGGUACAAGCCUUUGUGGGAACGGUAUGUAAAUCAAAGCCAACCAUACAUCCGAGAAUGCAUCACAAGUUAAAAUGGGCUACUUCUUUCUUGCUUGCCGGGACUUUAUGUGAUCCUCAAUCCUUUUAAACUUCCAACCUGGGAUCAAACUAUUGUAGAGUCAGAAGUAGAAAAUUUUGACUUUGUUAGGGAGCUAUCCUUUUCUUUUUUCCAUUAUAGUGUUUUUACAAGAGAAAAGAUUUCUUUUUAUACAUUAGAGAGCUUAAGUGUACUAGGAGAAGAAAGUGUGGGAGAUUCAUUUUUGGCUGGUGGGGGUUUUGGUUUAUCCCCUUCUAACCAGCUGUUGAAUUAUUUGUUCAGCAAUUCUUGUAAUAAUUAUCAUCUCGUUUUAAGUUAUGUUGUAAGAAAAACAUUUUCCCCCUUUGUUCCUCUUAACUUUGUGCCAGAGAAAUUCAGUCAUUAUGUU